UUCACUUUCACUUCCGUGCUUUAGAUUACAGUUUUAGUGAGUUUGUGGUUUCAGUGUCAGCGUUUAGCCAUUAGCAUUUUGUUUCCGUGUCUGUAGCGGUGAUAAAUUAUGAGUGGAUGAUCUUAUUAUUAUAUUCAUAUAUGCGAUCUGUGGCUCAAGAAGUUCGGUGCUUUGUCACCAGGAACUCCAGACUGACAGUGAGACAGAAACAUCGCUAUUUAGUAAGAAACGAUGACCACUCCUUCAUCUAGAUCAUAUAAGAGUUUUCUAAUAUUCGUGGGCUGGCUUGCUGGAUUUGGCACAUGUUUGCUGUUUUUCCAAUACAUGUCACAGAACUGCUCAUCCCGCCCUUUUAUCCUCCAUGAUCAAUCAAAUGUUGCACCACAUGAGAAAGAGGGAAUCUCAAGCAACACUGAUCCCACUCCCACUACCCCUCCAGCUGCUCAGCCAGAAAAACCCAUCCUUCUGCUGUGGGUCUGGCCUGAGAACUACAGGUGGGACUUCAGUGACUGCAAAACCUUCUACAACAUUGAUGGAUGUCACCUGACGGAUGAUAGAAGCCUGUAUAACCAAGCAGAUGCAGUUCUCGUCUACCACAGAGAUAUCAAAUGGGAUCUGAGCAACCUUCCUCCAUCCCCUCGUCCUCCUUUUCAAAGAUGGAUCUGGCUCCAUGCCGAAUCACCAACUAACACUAAGAAAAUUCCAGGUCUGGAAAAUCUCUUCAACCUCACGCUUAGUUACAGACACGAUGCCGACAUCUCUGUGCGAAAUCUACUGACUGUCAGCAAAACCCCAAAAAAGGAGUUUGAGCUUCCAAAGAAAAACAAGCUCGUCUGCUGGUUUGUGUCCAACGUUGACCCCAGUACUGGAACAGGAACCAGGAUGAAGUACUAUGAGGAGCUCAACAAACAUGUAAAAGUAAAUGUUUAUGGAAAUAUGGCUGGAUCGCGUAUGAAGGACGAAGAUUACUACCCUACCCUAGCCAGCUGUAAGUUCUACCUGUCGUUUGAGAAUUCCGUCCAUAAGGACUACAUCACUGAGAAGUUGAAUGGCCCACUUACAGUAGGGACUGUGCCAGUUGUUUUGGGACCCUCAAGAGAAAACUAUGAACAAUAUGCUCCAGGUGAUUCAUUCAUUCAUGUGAAUGACUUCCCUAAUGCAUCAGCGUUGGCCCAGUAUCUACUUAAACUGGACAAAGAUGAUGAGGCUUACAGACGGUACUUUGAUUGGAGAAAAUACGUCUCUGCGACUCCUCAUCUCACAAUCAUUAAUCAGGAGUUUAUUCCAUAUAUUUGUCAUGCCUGCGAAUAUAUUGGAAGGCACAAAGAGUAUAAACAAGCACACAAUAUUUAUGACUGGUAUUUUUCAUAACUAAUAGCUCUACUAGUUAGUUACUACAUAAAACAUAAAUACAUACAGUAUUUAUAAAGCGAGAUUGAUACAUUGUCAUGUAUUAUAAUCUUUGAUUUCAUUAAAAUUAACUAGAAUACAAAAUUAGAAAGUGACAUAAGCUAUCACAAAAUCUAACACGGUGGCAUCGGUUAUGAGAAUUCAGGAUCAUGGACGCUGCUUUAGGACUGAACAAAGUCUGUCAUAACAACUCAUGACAGCAUAUAUCUACAAUUACAUGGUAAUCAUAGUGUUGUGUAGCAGGGACCAAGUGAAGUGUUACCAACUGAAAUUAAAGAAAAUUGCUCCAUUUCUAAUAUUGUUAUGAAGCAUCGUUUCCCAGGAGCUAAACUUGAAAGGUCUGGUUAAAAACACCAUAUGGCAGUUUUGUGGAAGGGUUUGAUUAAAACAAAGAAAAGUUAUAAUUAUAAAUGAAUAAAUAUUCAAGAUCCUGCACUACGUCUAAGUCACUGAUCACUUUUUAGUAAAAUCAUCAUUUUAAGGCCUUUGUGCAAAAAGAUCUUUGUUUUUAGUCUUGUCACUUCUGUCAUAGCUAUGCAAUUAGAUGCAUCUCAGGCAGAUUUGAUCUGCUCAGCAAAGGCUUUUGCCCAAAUUUGUGGAGUUUAUGGCCAGUUUGAGUACACUCUGUCAUAAAGGCAAUACACCUAAUACUAAGAAAUAACGAAAUUUAUGUUAAAAUUUCAAAAGAUUCUAUUUUUCACUCGAAUGUAAUGCAGGUAAUAUAAUUUGCAAUACAAUACUUUGUAUAAAAUGUAAAAAAUGCAGAAGAAUUUUUGGUAGUGGAGAUUUUAGAUCCCACCGAUUGUGUUUCCUAUACACACACACACACAUACAUACAUACAUACAUAUAUAUAUAUAUAUAUAUAUAUAUAUAUAUAU